UCUUCCACUAGACUGGUGUGAUUGUUCUGGCGCGAUCGCUGCUAUUCAUCCUUUGGAAUAGUCCGAAAUCGCUCCAUUAUGAGAUCUUGUUCUGGGUCACCCUGAAAAUGGGCGCAACGGUGCUCUGCUUCACCUACUCUAGCUAAAAGUGGAUAGGUGCUAAGUAGAUUGACACUGCAUUACUUACGGAGCCAACUUUGGAAGGUGAUCUAAAUUCUAAUAGAAAGGGUGCUAUGACCGGAAUGCAUGGAACUAUCGUUAUCACAAAGAAGCCAGGUCCUGAGCUGACCUACCUGCAUGAAUGGGCUGGGAGCUGCUCCACAAUUUCCAGUAAACUCGAGGUGCGCGUGCCCCGCGCAUAUACCAAUGUAGUACAGCGUCAGACCGCAAGAAACUCGGCACCUCUGCAUUUGCGGCUUUCCUUUGUUUUCAUUCCAGACGAUGAAAACUGUCAGAUCAGGGUCGGAGGGUUAAUAUUACUGGGAUAAGUUGACGCGGGGGGUUCCGCAUGCAACAGUAAGGUGUACCUUAAGAUGGGCAUCAUCCGUUCCAUGUGUGGUUCUCAGUGGAGCUGGGAGGAGAUUUACAGCGGACCUGGCUCGGAUAAAUCAGUCCGUCUAGAAAAGAAGGGGCUGUUAGUUCAAACGAUCAUGCUUCUGAAAGACAGAUAGAGUAAGUCGAGUGGAGGAUGCUUCAUCGUAAGCACUGGUUUAGAGAUAUCUAGAUUGUCUCAAGUGGUAGAUAGUAGAGUAAGACUCAUCGCGUUACCUAGCGAUGAUAUAAGAGAUGGGUUGCCACAACGGGCUCCGAAAGAGAGAAGGAGUACUACAGUAUGAGUGGGAACGGAGGACCUGACAAUUUAGGGGAUGAAUGCUAGGGAUGAAAAAGGAAGCAUUUCCCGGAGUAAUCAUACCAGGGAAAUACUGGAUAAGUUGAGGUAAACUAGCAGGCAGUGUGUCUUGAGUGAUGUAAAAUAACCCCGAAUAAUAGAAUUGGAUAACAACUACUACUCACUACUCACGGGGUCCCGCGGCAGCAAUCGACGUAGUGGAAGAACCCAAGCCGGGCUUCCCAGUAACAAAGUAGUAACAAAGCUGCCCCACCCGGGCUCACUCACUUUUGCC